GCACUGAAUGUAGUAUAAAAUUGUGAACACCCAUGCGAGGAUACAGUUAUUGCAAACACGCAAGACUUUUACCUUGUUGGCUAAACAUCAUCUCCAUGGUUUUUGUAUGCACAUCGAAAUUAAUUAUUAUUGACAGCAAACAGCAAAGUCACACUUAAAAAUGGACGGGGUUAGUCGCAGAAAGACCCAGAUUAUAACUAUACUAUUCAUGUGUGCUGGUUUAUUAUACAAUUUAUGGGUAGCUACAUGUUGCGAAGAGUGUUCAGUCACCGCUGAAGAAAAAUACUGCCUUAAUGAGCAAUUAGGUUAUACGAGCAAUGAGGAUCACACUAUCUGCAUAAGCAACACAGCUUCGUUCCUAAAUUCAUCCGAGUUCAUGAAUUAUGUGAUUGAUGAAGAUGAAUCUUGGGAUCAGACUGACCCAGGAACUUAUGUCCUCAUUUUCAAUGAGGACCAAAUGGAUCAAGAAGACACUCCGUCAUCUGACGAAUUAGUUGACAUUUCUGCAUGUUUCAAAAACUCGGAGCAGCUUUUCUAUAAAUUUUGAUGAAUAUUGUAUUAUAUAUAUUAUACAUUUCCGUAUGAAAAAAGUUUCGACAUAUUUUAACAUGGAUUAUCUAAUAUGAA